AUGAGCUUCGGACAGCCCGCAUCCUCUAAACGCGUGAUACCUGGAGAGUUCUCUAGAAAUGAAUUCGACAAAAAUGAGCAGGAAGCCACGAGAUACUUUGUAAAUCACACACAUCAAGAGGCUGAUAAGGCACCGUUGUACCAAGCCUUAAAACGGAAGCAAUACAAUCCAACGACUAUUGAGCCUGUCGGGGCUGCGGAGAACAAUUUCCGUCGCUUACUCAUCCCACAUAAACCGAAUAGCGCCGCAAGUAAGUCGCGCAUCGAGCUUUGCCACAGAGUCGUUUCUUGUAAGAGAGCUAUAAAAGUACCCAACUCACUGCAGAAACUUCUUCUAAGGAAAGAGAAGGGAAGGGAAAAGGAUUACGGUGAAGUUAGGCGAAUUCUGCAGCACGAAAACACAGAGAGAAUUUCCAGCAAGCCUAUCAUAAGCUCUACUCUUUCUUCCCUAGGUCCGUGCUUCAUUGAGCGGGUAGGGGUGGCGUUUCAUCCACUGUCUAACGUCCGAACCGCUUACCAGGAUAGUGAAUUGUGUAAGUGGUUCGCAUCUUUGGAAAACAGAACCAUGAUAGAGCAGCCGCAUGACGAUACUUUUAUUCUAUCAGAUGGUGAUUUGAUCAAGAGAAUAGAAAAUUACUUCUUGCUAGAUCAAUUUGAUAACGAUUUUAAUGAUACCAAAACGCCACAGAAGUGGGUGAAGAUCGGCGGGGAGGCAGGCACCCCAGCUCUCUCACGCUACUAUUCCAGCAUGACAAAAUCCACGACAUGGGAGGCGUGCUACGUGUUAAAGUAUAACGAAGACACCAAAUGUUUUUUAGUGCAGUGGCAGGAAGGGAAAACGAAGUGGACCCGCAGAUUAAACAUCAUUUUUGAUGGCGAAGAUGUAGACGCGUGGCAGCAACGAGUGGAAGAUGCUCGCACCCGUAGGCAGGAAGUAAAGAACGCACUCUACCAACGGCUUUACCUCGAAGCCAUCAGCAAUACAGCCGUCACACCCUUUGAUCAGGACCAAAUGGACCGCAUUAUUGCUAAAGUAGCACAAAUGUUUCCUGUUCAAUUUGUCCACAUCAUUAAUCAUUCUGCAGACGAGGUGGAGAUGACAUACUACACUGCUCUGAAAAGGGUACUAUACCUCUACAAUCUACGCAGCAUGUCCUGGCAGGAGCGGUUAAAAAUAGCGGAUCUUCCACCGCUGAAAGCUAUUCCAGAACCGUCGUUCCGUAAUCUAAAGGGUACUAUCGAUGUUCCACAUUACAGUUUCGAGGCAGCACGCGCUAGACUUUCGGAAAACUUAUUCCAGGUCCAUCCCCUCCUGCGUGACACAUUAUACUCCAUUCACAAUCUUUGGAAAGAUUAUGAAAAGCGUACCAUGUGCUUGGCUUCCUUAGAUAGGUUUGAUAAAACUCCUAUCCAACUUCAGCAUUUUAUGCAACACCAAGCACAAGAGGGAGCUGCGAUUUCGGAAAAACUCCGUGGGGAGUGGGUCUCGGCGGUGCUAUCCAUCAUUCAGAGCAAUCUUGAUCCUCACUUCAACUUUUACACUGACAACCUCGAGGAGUACGAGUCCAGUCGUAUCUGUCGGUUUAUCUCCUUGGUGAACAAGAUAAUGGCAACCCAACUUCGUGGUCUGCUCAUGGAGUCACUGGAAAGCUUUGCGGGAUUCAUUGAGACCUACCGUGUUGAGUAUACUGAGAACGACUCGACCAUGAACUGUUUCUUUGAAAGCAGCGCAGAAAACGAGAAGUGGAAGGUACGCUAUGCUGAACUCGCUGCUAAGCGAAAGGGAGAAGAGGGCCAGGUGCAUGCUCCAGAGGUAGCUAAGAAUACUAAAAAGAAAUUUGUCGCCACCGCUGCCGGUGCCACUGGGACAGCUCAUGGGAAGAAAAGCGAGGAAACACGAAACCUGCCCUUCGCAUGGUGUGCCAUUUCAGAUAAAAGUUAUAUUCCAUGUACGAAGCGUGUGAUGAAGUUAACCACAAUGGUAAAUGAUCUUCGGCCAUUGUUUGCCGUCAAGCUAGUGGAGCAUGAUGGCGCAGUUGUGUUUCAGCCUCUUCUUGAGGAAGUGGUAAAUGGUGUCAUGCAAGUAUUUGAGAACUGCUUUGAGUACUGUGGUUUCAUUGAUGCUAUAGGAGAUCAGCUGCUGCCUCUGCUUCCACUGCAGUCGGCGUAUUUGAAACCCCUGGUAAUGGGAAAGGACAAGGAACCGACUGUUUGUGCAGCUAGAAAGUUGCUUCGCCAAGUGCUGGAGGAAAAUUUGGAAGCACCACUUCAGCUUCAGCAAAUGUAUAGUGAAUUUGAUUAUAUCUUAAAAGCUAAUUCAAAGGACGUAAUGGAUGAUGCGAUUGCAUUUAACCUUUCCUUGGAUGAAUUCGAGCUUGUUUUCGAGCGCCUUACGCGUGACCUGGGGCGUAUCACAAAGCAUACUUCCAAUAAUGUAAAGUAUGAGCUCUUUGCAGUGAGUUGUCAGGAAAUAAAAACAGUAUUGACACGUAAGGCCAAUAGUAUUUUGGUCAGUCUUAUGGACCUACUCUCCAAGCGUCUUAUGGAGUGCUGUACUGAUGUUAUUCGACGCUACGAGGAGAUGUACGCAAAAAUAUCUGUCUAUCCCACCACACCGGAAGAACUACAGGAGCUACGAGUCUACUUGGAUGGUGUCGCUAAACGUGGUGAGGAUAUCGGAAAAGAUUUUGAAUGGAUUACGAAAGGAAACGAGUUGCUGCUGCACUUCUGUUACUUGGUCCCUGAAGAUAGCUUCAAUACGUACUGGGUGGCAGCUGAGUGGCCCAAAAAGCUCCAAGAUCUCGUGGAGGAGCGCACUUUUCAAUGCAAAGAAUAUCGUGCCAUUUUUAUACAGAAUCUACGUGAUAACUGUGAACGACUUGCAUAUGACAUUAUGCAACUAAGUGAGGCAGUGGACAGUUUCGCACACUUCGGAGAUUACGCCCGUGCAGAGGAGUUUUACGAACGUUCAAAGGAGAUCGAGACACUGAUCCAGACGUACCAAGAUCAGGUGAUACUGUACAACAGUCAUGAGGAGCUCUUUGGUCUGGCCACGUCACAAUACACACAACUGAAGGAUGCCAAAGCUCAAUUUGAACCCUGUUCUCUCCUCUGGAAAGUAGCCACUCUCUUUAACGCAGAGAGUGAGCGCUGGCUUCAAACGCGGCUCUCCGCUCUAAAUCCAGUUGACGUGGAUCAAAAGGUUUCCGACUGGAGCAAGACAAUUGCUGUUAUAUCCAAAAAAAUGAAGGAAGUGGAACCGAAGGAAGCCCUCAAACAUAUCAAGGUGAAUAUUGAACGCUUCAAACCCAAUAUACCGCUGCUUUAUGCAUUGCAUAGCAACUUACAAGCGACGCACUGGAAAGCUAUUUAUCAACAGUGUGGUAUUGCGAAGGAAAAGCAGGGAUUUGGACCUGGUGGUACUGACAUGAACGAUCAGCGUCCCCUGGGAGACUUCCUCAAGUUAGGACUACUCGAGUACCUGCCACAAAUUGAAAAUAUUGCGACCAUGGCGCGCAAGACUCAUGAGAUAGAAACAGAUCUUAUGUCAAUGGAAAGCGAGUGGAAGAAGAUACUUUUUGAAAUGGAACCAUACCAAAGCACAUAUAAACUCAAGGCAAACGACGCUAUGCAGCUUACACUAGAUGAACACAUACUCAAAACACAGUCUAUGCUCGGCAAACCUAUCGUCCGUCAGGCCCCUGCCCUGCAGGCCCGUGUGUCACAGUGGGCAAAGCAGUUCGACAAUAUCCAGUGCACAAUGGAUGAGUGGUUCCGAUGCCAAAAUAUAUGGUCUUAUUUGGAGCCCAUCUUCUCAUCCGCUGAUAUCUCUCGCAGCUUGCCCAAUGAAAAGCAGCUCUUCAUGGAAAUCGACGACAUUUGGAAGGAAAUCAUGGAACACACUCGCACCGUGCCCCAAGUCCUCACCCGUUGUCAAGACGAAACCCUCUUAAAAACCUUUUCAGAGGCUAAUAAUACGCUGGAGGGAGUGAUGCGUAAGCUUCAACAAUUCUUGGAAACCAAGCGAAUGGCAUUUCCACGGUUUUACUUCAUUUCUAACGAAGAAUUGCUUCAAAUUUUGUCAGAUAGCAGGGAUCCUUUUCUCGUGCAACCGUACUUAUGUAAAUGCUUUGAAGGUAUCAAGCGGAUCCAAUUUUCCGACAACCAGGACAUUGUUGGGAUGGAAUCAUCAGAAGGAGAAAAAGUGCCACUGGUUCAGAAAGUGAACCCAGGAGACCACGGAAAUCAGGUUGAGUUGUGGCUGCAGAUGGUGGAAAACUCGAUGAAGGCUUCUAUUCGCGAGCAGUUGCGUCAGGCCAUCGGCGAUUACACAAUGCAAAAGCGUGUGGAUUUCGUGCGAGCGUGGCCAGGGCAAGUGGUGAUUGCAAUUUGUUCGCUCUUUUGGACAAUGGAAGCGACACGUGCGUUGCAAGAAGAAGGGACCAUCGGAUUAUCAUCUUUUUACGAAAAAUGCACCAGCCAGCUAGACGAUUUGAUCAUAUUAGUACGCGAUAAAAGUAUUCGACCUGUGGAACGAUGUACCCUGGAGGCUCUAGUUGUGAUUGAAGUACACGCCAAAGACAUCAUCGGUAUGCUCUGCGAGAAGGGUGUUGAUAAUCUGAACAGUUUUGAUUGGAUCGCACAACUGCACUACUAUUGGAUCGAUGAUCAUCUCACGGUCCAGCAAAUCAAUGCCUCCUUUCGCUAUGGUUAUGAAUACCUUGGCAACACAGGGCGGCUUGUUAUCACGCCACUAACCGAUCGCUGCUACCGGACACUGCUAGGUGCGCUGCAUCUUAAUUAUGGUGGAGCUCCUGAAGGUCCUGCCGGCACAGGGAAAACUGAGACUACUAAAGAUCUGGCGAAGGCCCUGGGAAAAUACUGCGUCGUCUACAACUGUUCGGAUCAGAUCUCUGCCAAGGAUAUGGUCAAACUUUUCAAGGGACUAACCCAAGCCGGUGCUUGGGGUUGUUUUGACGAGUUUAAUCGGAUUGAAAUUCAGGUGCUUUCAGUUAUUGCGCAGCAGGUUGCCACAAUCCAAGAUGCAAUCGUUCAAAAGCAGACUGAGUUCAUUUUUGACGGGGCGCAGAUCCGUCUUGAUCCCGGUUGUGCUAUUUUUAUGACUAUGAACCCUGGUUAUGCAGGACGCGCUGAGCUGCCAGAUAACUUGAAGGCUCUCUUCCGUCCGGUCGCGAUGAUGGUACCCAACUACGCAAUGAUCGGUGAAAUUCAGCUCUAUUCAUACGGUUUUCUACAUGGUAAGGUGCUUUCCGAAAAGAUUGUGGCUACUUACCGCCUUUGUUCGGAGCAGCUUUCCUCACAGGACCAUUAUGACUACGGUAUGCGUGCGGUGAAGGCUGUUCUCACGGCAGCGGGGCGUCUAAAGCGUUCUUUCCCCGACGAGGAUGAGAUGAUUCUCACGUUACGCUCUAUUCAAGAUGUCAACCUUCCGAAGUUUCUUUCUCAAGAUGUGGAAUUGUUUAAGGGGAUCGUGUCUGACUUGUUUCCUGAUGUGAAGCUUCCUGAUCCCGACUACAUGGAUAUGCAUAAGGCCCUUCAGACUACGUGCCGACGCAAGAACAUACAACUCACGAGCUACUUUGAGGAGAAAAUUCGACAAACUUAUGAGAUGAUUUGUGUGCGGCAUGGUAUGAUGAUUGUGGGAUACUCUUAUGGUGGUAAGACUCAGGUCCUUGAGUGCCUUUCAGAGGGUCUCACAGAGAUGGAAGCAUCAGGCAAGGAGUUACGCACACGCAUGGUUACGAUAAACCCCAAGUCAAUUACUAUGGCACAGUUAUAUGGCAAGGUUGAGCAGUCGGGUGAGUGGACCGACGGCGUACUUUCCAAUCGUUUCCGACAGCUUGCACAGGAUGUAUCGUUGCUCCGUAAGUGGCUGGUGCUGGAUGGCCCUGUUGAUGCAGUCUGGAUUGAGAAUAUGAACACAGUACUAGAUGAUAACAAAAAGCUUUGCUUACAGAACGGCGACAUUGUUCCCAUGUCCAAAAUGAUGAAUCUUGUGUUUGAAGUUCAGGACCUGGCUCACGCGUCACCGGCUACGGUCUCACGCUGCGGAAUGGUAUAUGUUGAGCCUCAGUCGUUGGGAUGGAGUUGUCUGAUGGAUUCCUUCAUGAAUACAGUACCUGAGUACAUAGCGUCGAAUGAAGCACUGGUAAGUUGUAUCCGACAUCUCACGGAUGCAUUUAUGCAAGACACUCUAGAUUUUGUGCACAAGCACACCACAACAAUCAUCCCUCAAUCUGGAAACACCGCUGUUUCCAGCUUUAUCAAACUGUUUGAUUCCUUUUUGCAGUCGUUUGAUGUGACUCAGAUGGAUGAAAAGUCCAAGGAGCCGCGACUUAUGCUCAUGCGUGUUGAAGGGUGGUUUCUCUUCUCAUUGGUGUGGUCAGUUGGUGGGUGCCUUUUGAACGAGGAUCGUCAAAGGUUCAGCGACCUGCUCCAUGGGUUGAUAGAGGAAAAGUCGUCCCAGUACAAGUUUUCAAUCACUUUGUUCGAAAGGAACAUUUCCUUCUACGAUAUGAAGCUCGAAGAUGGUGACGAAGUGAAGUUUGUCGAUUGGCUGACGAUCGUUCCUGAGCUGGUCAUCUCAAAGGAAACUGAGUACCAAGACAUCAUCGUACCGACCAGUGAAAUUGCAAAGUACACGUUUCUGAUGCAGCGUAUGAUUUCAAGCCUCCAUCCCGCUCUUCUAGUGGGUGAUACAGGCACUGGAAAGACAAUUAUGAUGAAAUCCUUGUUAAAGAGUCUCCCGGGUGACUCGUAUUCCCUCAAUAUGAUUCAGCUAUCUGCCCAGACUUCAUCCAGUUAUUUGCAGCGGCUUAUCGAUAACAGCUGCGAAAAACGUCGAAAAGGCUACUAUGGUCCACCCAUCAACAAGAAGAUGCUCGUUUUUAUUGAUGAUGUUAACCUACCAAAGCUCGAGGAGUACGGUGCGCAGCCGCCCAUCGAAUUGCUUCGGCAAUACCUGGACCAUGGCGCAUGGUACAACCAUAGCAAAGACAGUAUCGAGUUACGGCAUCUGGUGGAUUUGCUCUUGCUUUGUGCCAUGGGCCCCGCAGGUGGUGGCCGCAACCCCAUCACGCCGCGCUUCACUCGACAUUUUAACACGUUCAGCAUCCCCGCAUUUUACAAUCUAACUUUAAAAAAGAUCUUUAGUUGCUUGGCUGAAUGGAUUCUCUCGCGUGGCUUUUCUUCAUCUCUUCGCAGUCAGUCUGGUGCCUUGGUAGGAGCAACAGUGGAACUUUACGAGACGUUGCGUGAUAAGCUAAAACCAUCACCAGAAAAGUCGCAUUAUACAUUCAACUUGCGAGAUGUGCGGAAAGUUUUUCAAGGUAUUGACAUGGUAUUUGCCCCACUUGUUACAAAUGAAGUAAAAUUAGCAGAGUUAUGGGUCCACGAGGUGUCACGCGCUUUUGCUGAUCGCUUUACAGAAAAUGAAGACAACCUCUGGUUCGAUAAGGAAAUGACUAGGAUAUGCAACAAACAUUUCAAGCUUACCGUAUCAACCUCCUCGGAGGAGCCCCUAAUUUUUUCCACUAUCAUGAACGAAGAGGGUAGAUACGAAAAGAUAUCGAGUUUGGAGGAGGCCCGUCGUACAUUAGAACAGAAGGUUAAUGCGUUCAACUCGCAGUCCCGUGCUGGAGGCCUAAACCUCGUUGUGUUUAACUACGUCCUUGAGCAUGUGACGCGUAUUUGUCGUGUCCUGAAGCAGCCUGGUGGGAAUCUCCUGCUGAUUGGUGUAGGCGGCAGCGGGCGGCGCAGCUGUACCCGGCUGGCGGCUUACAUUCAGGAGUGUGAUUAUGCCACUAUUAGUGCGGCUAAGGAAUACAGCUACAGUGACUUUUUAGACGAUAUUCGACAGCUGCUUUUAAAGGCUGGUCAGAAGGGGUAUUCCACUGUGUUUGUUCUAUCUGAUUCUCAGAUUACCUCUGAGACGUUUCUAGAAGACAUCUGCAGUUUACUUAACACAGGUGAGGUUCCUGGGCUAUGGAACAACAAGCAGGACAAGGAUACAUAUGAGAACGCGGUGGCUUCCUUGCGGGACUUAGGAAAGAGUUUAGGCCGCCCAGACACUACUGAAGCCCUUCAGAAUCUUUUUGUAGAGCGUUGUCAAAAGCACCUCCACAUCGUUCUAUGUUUUUCUCCUCUUGGAAACGUACUACGAGAUCGGCUACGUAAGUUCCCUUCGUUAGUCAACUGCACUACCAUUGACUGGUUCCGUGAUUGGCCAGAAGAGGGGCUUCGCUCUGUGGCAGAGCGAUUCUUGCAGAGUAUUGACUUAACUGAGAAGGAGCGCAUCACGAUCAGAGAUAUGCUUGUGUUGUAUCAAAUGCAUGUGCGUGAUAUGAGCAAGACUUAUUUGGCAGAGGCCCGUCAGCACACCUAUGUUACCCCUAGUUCGUAUUUGGAUUUACUUUCCACCUUCGGUCGACUUCUAAAAUCAAAGCGUGAUGAGCUUACCGAGAAGAAACAAAGAUAUACCAACGGCUUAUACCAGUUGAAGAAAACAGAAGAUCAAGUGGAAGUUAUGCAAAAUGAACUAGCUCUCCUAAAGCCGGAGCUGGAUGAAAAGCAGAAACAAACAAAUGAACUCAUUCAACAAGUAGAACAUGAAGGCAAAAUUUCGGAAGAACAGCGUGCGAUUGUUGCGAUCGAUGAGGCAGCAGCCAAUGAACAAGCAGUAGCCGCAAAGAAAAUGAAGGAUACUUCACAGGCGAAGGUAGAUGAAGCCCAUCCACUUGUUGAGCAGGCCUUGCGGGCUGUGUUAGAUUUAGACCAAAAAGCACUGCAGGAGGUUAAGGCUCUGAAAACCCCUCCCCAGGGUGUUAAGUUUGUAAUUGAAGUGCUUUGUACACUGCUUGGUGGCCAAUAUAAGCCUAAACCUGUGCGCGAUCCUCUCAAGGGGGUAACUACGGUGCCAUAUUGGGAACACGCCAAGACGACGCUGCUUACCGGUGAGUUUAACAAUAUCCUGCUGAAUUCCUACCCAGUCAUUGUCGACAACGCUCCCAACAGCCAGAUUGAGGAAGUUAAAAAGAAAAUGGCUAACGAUAUGUUCAAGAUGGAAAAUAUCCGAAAGACGUCUGUAGCGCUGGUAGGUGUCGCUACAUACAUUAAGGCAGUUGUUGAGUAUUAUCAGCAAAACAAGAUUAUUAAACCGCUUCUUGCACAAGCCGCUGCCGCUGAGGAGGAGUAUAACAUCGCUAUGGAUGGUUUGAGGAAGAAAAAGGAAGAGCUCCGCAUUAUUAAUGAGAAACUGGAGGCUCUCACAGCUCAACUAGAGCAAGUCAACACAGAUAAGCAAAAUUUGGAGGCUAAAAUCAACGACACUGACACAAAACUUAAUCGAGCCAAAAAGCUCAUUGAAGGACUUGGCGGUGAAAAGGCUCGCUUCCAAGGCGAGGCUCAGCGUGCUGAGGAGGCCCUCACUUUUGUAGUGGGAAAUGUUCUCGUGACAGCUGGAGUCUUAGCCUACAUGGGUCCCUUCCUCGACAAGUAUAGGUGUCAGGCGGUUUCUUCCUGGGUGCAGUUAUGCAAGGAUCAAGGAAUUCCAGUCUCCGAUGAUUUUUCAUUGGAAAAGUUCUGUGGUAACCCUAUUGAAAUUCAGGAAUGGAAGCUGCAGCAGCUUCCAGUGGACAGCUUCUCAGUGAGCAAUGCGGUUAUCAUGAAGAACUCUAGCCGAUGGCCCCUCCUGGUGGAUCCACAGCAGCAGGCAAAUAACUGGAUUCGUAAUCUUGAGCGAGAACAUCAACUUGUGGUGGUCCAGCCGUCGGGAAACAAUUAUAUCCAGACCAUUCGAAACGCAAUAACUGAAGGUCGACCUGUGCUUCUGGAAAAUGUUGAAGAAACCAUAGACCCCGUGCUGGAUAACCUCUUGCUUAAAAGACUAAUGAAGGAAGGUACAAUGGUGGUCAUACACCUGGGUGAAGCAGUUGAGUGGAAUGACUCAUUCCGUUUCUACAUGACAACAAAACUACCGCGUCCUCACUACCUGCCCGAGGUCAGUACUAAGGUUACACUCAUCAAUUUUAUGAUUACUGAGAAAGGUCUUGAAGACCAACUCCUGCAGCGCGUCAUGAUGUCUGAAAGACGUGACGUGGAGGAAAAGAAACACGCACUCACCUUCGAAGCAGCGGCCAAUAGGGCCGGACUCAAGAGCACUGAAGAUCGUAUUCUGUCCAUUUUAUCCUCGGAUGGCAAUAUCCUGGAAAGCGAAGAGGCCAUUGAGGAGUUGGACUAUUCCAAGGAGCAGAGCGAUCGUAUUGCUAAGCGACAAGAAGAAAUUGAGGCGAUGGAGCGGAUCAGUGAUCGCACCCGCAAUCUUUUUGUUCCUGUAGCACACCUCGGCGCAAUUCUCUUCUUUUGUGUGAGUGAGUUAGCCAACAUUGAUCCCAUGUAUCAGAACUCUGUGCAAUUUUACAUAUCGAUUUUUCAGGAGGCCCUGAUUAACAGUGAACGCUCCCCCGAAGUUGCAGAACGCACCGGGUAUAUCAAUGCAACUUUCAAGAAAGCUCUGUAUGAGCGCAUCUGUCGAUCUCUCUUUGCAAAGGACCAGCUUCUAUUCUCCUUUAUCAUGGCGUUGAAGAUAUAUGAGGUUGAUCCAAUUCUCCUGCGGUGGCUGUUGAUGGGUGGGUUUGAGCAGGAGUUGGCAUUCCAGAACCCGUUUCCAUGGUUGCCUCAACAGAGUUGGGCAAUGCUGUGCCGGGCUGAUAGUCAGUUACGGCUCACUGAGGAAAGUAUUGUGGAGAUUGUUAAAGCAAACGAAGCGUUUUUCAAUUACUAUUAUGAUUCUUCGAAUCCGCUUGAUAUCACUCUCCCACAGCCACUCGACCAGCUCAGCACUAUCGAGCAAAUGGUCCUGGUGCGAUGCUUCCGUACUGACAAAAUUGUCCCCGCUGUUACGAAUUACGUUCGCGAGACGCUGGGUGAUGACUUUGUUCAGCCUCCCCUUUAUGCGCUUGAAACGAUAGUUGACGAGCUGGCGCACGAUCCAUCCGUUCCUAUUAUUCUUGUGCUAUCCCCAGGUGCUGACCCCAAUGCGGAAUUGGAUCGUGUAGCAGAAUUGAGGGGCAUGAGUGGAAAAUGCCUCCAAAAACUUUCACUUGGUCAAGGUCAGGAGGCACCAGCACGUGCCCUUAUUGAGUCCAGCAUCCAGCAAGGCCACUGGGUGCUGCUUCAGAAUUGUCAUCUCCACCAGGACUUUAUGCCCCAACUGUCAAACAUAAUCGAGAACUAUAGUGAUUUGAGUGUUAAGCAGAAUCUGAAUCAAAACUACCGCCUCUGGCUCACAUCGCUGCCCAGCGAAACGUUCCCCAUAGCGAUUCUGCAGAACGGGGUGAAGCUAGUUCAGGAGCCACCGAGGGGCUUGAAGAGCAACCUCUUGCAAUCUUACCUAACUGACCCGAUUGUGGAUGAAAAGUUUUUUACUUCCUCCAAAAAGCCAGAGGAGUGGCAGAAGCUGCUUUUCGGUUUGUGCUUUUUUCAUGCGGUCAUUCAGGGGCGACGCCAGUACGGCCCGCUAGGUUGGAACCGUCCCUACGAGUUCAACGACACAGAUCGACGCAUUAGUAUUCGCCAGCUACACAUGUUUAUCAAUGAAAACGAAUCUGUGCCCUAUGACGCACUUCUUUAUCUCAUCGGCGAAUGUAACUACGGUGGACGUGUGACAGAUGAUUUGGAUCGGCGUUGCCUAAUGGCUACGCUGCAACUAUAUAUAACUCCGCUUAUUCUAGAUAACGAUUACAACUUUUGCAGCGAUGUGAAUGAUUACUACGCUCCGCCACUUGGUGAAUAUGCCAGCUAUGUCGGUUAUAUCCAAUCGCUUCCUCUCCAGCAGCAUCCAUCUAUCUUUGGGUUGCAUGAAAAUGCCGACAUCACAAAAGAUGAGCGUGAGGCACGAUUUCUUCUCGAUGCAACCUUAGCCACACAGCCCGUAGAUGUUGGCAGCACUGCCUCGACUUCAUCCGUGUCAUUUUUGGACCCAAAGGUUACUGUUAAGCAAAUUGCUGGUGACAUCCUGCAUCGGCUCCCCAAGUUAUUUGACCUCGAUGAAAUUCAAGAGAAGCAUCCAUUUCAAUACACUCAGUCCAUGAACACAGUGUUACUUCAAGAGGCGAUACGCUACAAUCGUUUGCUGGAUAUUGUUCAGCAUUCCUUAGUAGAGAUUCAAGAUGCUAUUAGUGGUCAUGUUGUGAUGAGCGCGAAGCUGGAGCAAGUGUUUAGGGACAUAUAUGAUAAUAAAGUGCCGGAGAUGUGGAGGAAGCGAUCUUACCCAACUCUUAAAGCGCUCGGGUCAUAUGUAAAUGACUUCAUUGCACGUCUGGGGUUCCUUCGGCGAUGGGUUGAGGAAGGCCCCCCAGUGAUGUUUUGGCUUAGCGGAUUCUUCUUUACGCAGUCGUUUCUAACGGGUGUGAUGCAGAACUAUGCACGCAAGUAUCAUAUCGAGAUAGAUAAGCUUGUGUGGAACUUCACAGUCAUGACGGAAAGUCAUUUUGACGUAGCACCGCAGGAUGGCUGCUACAUCUACGGUCUGUUUCUAGAAGGUGCAGGCUGGGAGAAUGGUGUCCUGGCUGAAAGCAAGCCAAAGGAACUAUUUCUAGAGUUCCCCAUUUUAAAGUUAGUGCCUUCCCGUUCCGAGGACAUUGAAAGUAAACAUGUUUAUCGAUGCCCAUGCUACAAAACGACGGAUCGCAAAGGUGUGCUGUCCACGACAGGCCACUCCACUAACUUUAUCCUCACCAUCAACCUUCCAAUUGAUCCCAUGGACAAGGAGGAUCACUGGGUGCUGCGAGGGGUUGCUCUUUUCACACAAGUGGAAUAUUGA